UUAUUAUCGAGUAUGAUUAUCACAUGUUUAUGGUUGAAGUUGUUGAUUAUUUUUCGGUUUGAAUCAUUUCAAAAACUUUGAAGAAAAAAACAAUGUUGCCAUUAUUACGGCAAAAAUUUCGUAAUCUUUAUGAUACGAUUCGUUUUCUACCGAAAGUAACUCGUCGUCGAAUAUAUUUGACAACAUCGUUGGUAACAACAAUGACAACAACCGGUAUUUAUGUUGGUUUACAAACAACAAAAAUCGAAACAUUUGUCAAUCAUCUUCAAAUGUACAGAAUGAAAAUGCCUUUUCCUGUGAAUGAAAAACUGAUCGAUUUAUUGAAUGAAACAAUCAAAAAUGAUGGAUUUAAAUUCAAUUCAAAACGUAUUGAUCUAUUCAAUACAUUUGGCUGUGAUAUUUAUUCAAUUGGAAAUGUUCAUUUACCAACUGGUGCUUAUAUUGGUGUACCAUUUACAUUUAAUUUGGAAUCAAUACGGCAAUUAAAUACGGAUGAUAUUCGUCUGUUGGGACGUUAUAAAACAAAACGAUCACGUGAUUCACCUGUAAUCAAACAAUUAUUUGAAUCAUUAAUACUUUCAGAUGAUGCUAAACAAUUUGCACUUUCACAUCAAUUACAUUUAUUAAGUUCAUCAUAUUUUUUUAUCAAAUCUUUAAAUAUUAUGACAAUGACCGGUUUAUAUAUGUGGUUGGUACCGAAAUUUAAUCGUUCAUUAGGUUUUUAUGAAAGUAAUAAUCUAACACGAUCAUUACGAUUAUUACCACGUAUGUGUGGUGCUUUAUUCUGUAUGUUUUUAAUGACAACCAUAACAAUUGUUUCGGAUCAAUUUCUUGACUAUAUUUAUGAUUUAAAUUGUUUACGUAAAACAAUUCGACAAAACGAUCAACAUAUACAUGGUGGAUGUGAAUUUUAUCAAAAAUUAAUUAAACGUAAUCAAGCUAUGUAUGAAUUACUGGCGGAUCAUGGUCCAAAAUUUUUCAAUAAAAAUGGUGAUGUUAAACGUUUGUUUGGUUUAUAUACAACAUCAUAUUCGACACAUUUGGAUUUUCUUAAUUCUCAAACUACAAACAACAACGACAACAACAAUUCCUAAAUAAAUGUCCAUCUUUUUUUGUUUUAA